AUGGAUGUGGAUUUUGUUUCAGGUAGUACUAAUACAAGUACAGUAUGUUAUGGACCACCUGGUCUAUCAUGUGCAACUCACAGAUUAUCUUGUCCUAGUCCUCUAGUAAUACAGAUAUUAAAUACAUCAUAUGGAUAUAGACCAGAAUGUAAUAAUAUAAAUGGUCUGGCUAACUGUAUAAAUACAACAUGUUGUAAAGAAGAACUUGGUGAUUGUUUUCAACAAUUUUCUUCUGAUGAGAAUCAACAAGUAGUUAGAAACUGUAGUGAAGUAGAAACUUGUACUGUAUCUGGAUUCCGUGAGGUUCAAGGUAUAGAAUGUGGUGGAAAUGCUAGUGCUUACAGUAAAAUACAAUAUGAUUGUGUUCCAGUAGGUAGCAUCAUUACAACAUCAACUCAAACUACUGUCAGUGAAACACAUACCAGAGCAUCAACAGGGUCAGUCGUUGCUAAUACUAGCGAUGUGGGGUCUGUAGUUGGAGGAAUAUUUGGUGCUAUUAUUAUUAUAGUCAUUAUUAUAGUAGUGGUACUGUUUCUUUACAAGAGAAGGAAAAAGUCACAAACAUCACAAUCAAUAACAGAUAGGAACAUGUCUAUACAAACUGUUACACCACAAUAUGAUGUUAUUGAUGGUCCUGGAACAAUUAAUAAUCGUAAAGAUACCAGUGGAUAUGAUGAAAUAGAACUGGACAAUAAACCAAGAGUACAAGCCACUGCUGCACAUCUAAAACCCACUACAAUAAACAACCGUAAUGGUGAAAUAGAAUUUGUCCGAAAACCAAAAGUCCAAACAACUGAUAAUUAUGAUCAUGUCGGAGAUGAUAAACUGAAAGUAAAACCAGAAGAUCUCGAUAACUAUAAUCAUAUCGGAACUUACAAUCAUUCUGUACAUGAAGAUAACUACAAUCAUAUCGGAAACAAUUUGUCUCUAAGAUCUAAUCAUCUUGAUGCAGAUUAUAACCAUAUUAACGGAUUGCCUGGUACUUCCAAUGGUGAAGAUGAUUACAAUCAUAUUGGUGAUAAUGAUAACAAUGUGAUAACAGAUGAUAAUUAUCAUCAUAUCGGAUCGGGGGACAUCAAGGUAGAAGGAGACUAUGAUCAUAUCGGAUCUAAAAGUAAUGAUGACAAUAAUCAAGCUUUUGACCAAGCACAAGAUAGUAAUAAUCCAGAAGAUAGUGAUACACCUUACUAUCUGUCUACUUGUUAA